CUACAAUGACAUCCCAUGUUCUCAGGUCCCAGUGCAUUAUGGUCAACGCCAAGAGACUGUGCAUCUCGCUGGGGCGCCGCGGCUUCACCAUAUUCUUCGCGCUGCUCGUCCUGGGAGGGCUGAUCUGGGCGUACGUGGCCGGCUUCCAGCUGGUCUCCAACGAGUUCAACAUCAUUUCCUUUGGGAUCUACGGGGCUGUGCUGGGGAUCCACAUCCUCAUCCAGAGCCUGUUCGCCUUCCUGGAGCACCGCAAGAUGAGGAAGAACAAGCUUAGCUGCAGCUACACCAAGACGGUGGCCCUCACCAUCUCCGCCUACCAGGAGGACCCCGAGUACCUCCGGGAGUGUCUCCUCUCUGUCAAGAACCUCCAGUACCCUCUGGACAAGCUCAAGAUCAUCAUGGUCGUCGACGGCAACAGCCCGGAUGACCAGUACAUGAUGGACAUGUUCAAGGAGAUGUUCGGGGAGGGCGCGGGGAGCUACGUGUGGAAGAACAAUUACCACUCCUGGGACCACAAGGCUGCUCUGGAGGAGUCGCUCAAGGAUCAGCACAUAUAUCAGAACCCAGAAGAGCUGGACUACAGGGAGGUGGAGAUGGACGACCCACAGAGGCUGGACGUGGAGGACCUGAUCAACAGCAAGCGAUGCGUGUGCAUCAUGCAGAAGUGGGGCGGCAAGAGGGAGGUCAUGUACACCGCCUUCAAGGCGUUGGGGGACUCUGUGGACUACGUGCAGGUGUGUGACUCGGACACUAAGCUGGACCCCUUGGCCACGCUGGAGCUGGUGAAGGUGCUGGAGUCUGACGAGCGGUACGGGGCAGUGGGGGGAGACGUGCAGAUCCUCAACCUCAGCGAGUCCUACAUCAGCUUCAUGAGCAGCCUACGCUACUGGAUGGCCUUCAACGUGGAGCGCGCCUGCCAGUCCUUCUUCAACUGCGUGUCCUGCAUCAGCGGCCCCCUGGGUCUGUACAGGAACGACCUCCUGCAGCUGUUCCUCGAGUCCUGGUACAAUCAAAAGUUUCUGGGCACGCACUGCACCUUCGGAGAUGACAGACACCUCACCAACAGGAUGCUCAGCAUUGGAUACGCCACCAAGUACACAGCGAGAUCCAAGUGCUACACAGAGACCCCGGGCCAGUUCCUGCGCUGGCUCAACCAGCAGAUUCGAUGGACCAAGUCCUACUUCCGCGAGUGGCUCUACAACUCUCUCUGGUGGCACAAGCACCACCUGUGGAUGACGUACGAGUCCAUCGUGACGGGGAUCUUCCCCUUCUUUGUCACGGCCACGGUCAUCAUACUGUUCUACACCAGGGGCCUGUGGCACAUCAUGUGGAUCCUGCUGUGCAUCCAGAUCAUUGCACUGAUCAAGGCUCUCUACGCCUGCCUCCUGCGCAUGGACCCGAUCAUGGUGUUCAUGUCUCUCUACGCUGUGCUCUACAUGACCAGCCUGCUGCCCUCCAAGUACUUCGCCAUCCUCACCAUGACCAAGAGCAGCUGGGGCACGUCGGGGAGGAAGAAGAUCGUGGGGAACUACAUGCCGCUGCUGCCCUUGUCCAUUUGGGCUUUGAUCCUCCUGGGAGGCCUCUUCCAUGCCUGCUACAUGGAGGGCAUCUCGAAUUGGAGCCUUCUCUCCAAGAAAGCGGAGAUCCCCUACCUGAUCUAUGGGACGGUCGCUUACGCCUGUUUCUGGAUCUUCAUGAUCAGCAUGUACUGGGUGUUUUUCAGGCGUUGCUGGCGGAAGAGAGCCGAUUACUAUGACAUCAAUGUGUGAGACUCCAUCUUCGAAGGGCCGAGGUGUGCUUGGAGAUGUCGUCCCCUGGCACUGUGUGGGGGGGUGGGGGCGAUGUCAUUGCCGCAUCACUGCCACACGUUCAGGGAUUAAAAUACUUCUGGAAAUGAAGGAUGGACUGGGACUUUUCACUGGGACCAGUGACUGGAUUGUUCUUGUAAAGAUUCUUCUUCUUAUUUAUUUAUUACUUACAAUUGUUACAAGAAAUCACAGUGCAAACUAUCACAUUACAGAAUAUCACAAUACCAAUAAGAACUGUUACAAAAUACAGUAGUAAAAUCAGUAGAUCCAUUUCGAAUCCUAUACACCACAAUUUUUAUGGAUAUAGACAGUUUUAUGUAUGCUUAUUUAUUGGGGCUUGUUUUGGUUAUCAUGUUGAUUAAUUCAAGCUGGUAGAUUAUUUUGGAAGAUGGCAUAAAUUGAUAGUAAAAACGGGGACUGGUUAAUUAUUGGAAGGGUUUGAGCAAGAAACUUUGAGCAAAAAUUCACAUAUAAGGCUUAGCACAGUGCCAUAAAGUUGGAACAGCUAGAAAUGUGUAAAUAUGUCCUGUGUGAUGGAAUGAGAGACUCAUGUGUAUGAUUGUGAUCAUGCAGACUGUAUUUCUAGUUUUGUUAUUCGUUAAAUACAGUUUAAAUCCAGGGUUUUUUUUUGUUCAAAUAAAUAAAACUAUUUUUUAACAAAA